AUGCAAAAAUUACUUGCUAUUGAGGUAGGUUUGGAGCCGGUGGGCCAGGAAAAAAUUGAUACUUCCCUCCAGACAAUUUUAAGUGAUCUACCUGAGGAUGAAGUCCCACCUGGUGAUGAAACCGCCAUCUUGGACCAGGCUCAGGAAUUGGUAGCGGUGGACCAAAAAUCUAAAUCACUGACCAUUCGGGGUGAUGGAGAUAGCAGUGAAGAGGAUCGAAGUGCUUGGGAGAAGCGUCAACAGAGGGAGUUGUAUGAGAGUGAUGAAAGUGAAGAUUUCCAUACUCUUGGUGCAUCUCAAUUGGAAUUAAAUAGGACGGGUCAAGGUGCUUCAGUUCCCAUUAAUUGGAAUGAAAAUUUUGCUAUGGAGAAAACUGGUUGGGAGGGAUGGAAUGAGAAACCUCUGGAGGAAUCAAGUCGGCGUGAAUUGAACUGGGAUGACUGGAGGAUGGAUUCAGACAAAGAUAUCGAGCUUGGUGAACAACAAAUUUCUGGUGGAUUAAUUAUUGAUGAGGAUGCAGAUGAGAAUGAAGUGGCUCGUGAUGAUUCUGGAUCAUCCAAUAAGAGGGAAUCAAUUUCACUGGUGGAACGUGCAAAGAAAGACUUGCAGGAUGAUUUUUGGCAACCAUUCCAUGUUUCAGAACAUGACAAAAAUGAUAAGGAUAAAGUGGCUGCACUUUCAAAAGAGUUUGGAAGGAGGUCUGAGAUUUUAAGAAAAACUGCAGUUCUUUCAAGACACGAGAAGGAUAAGAAUGAUAUGAUUGAGAGAUGGAGGGAAGGUCCUCAAAGGACACCACUCAAUCGGGGAGGUGGGGGAACUGAUCCAGAACCCUACCUGUCAAGGCUCAAUCCACCUAAUAUGGAAAACCGUAAACGGAUGCAAUCUUUACCUCUUCGUGGAACAUUCAAUAAAAAGGAAUUCGGAAGUCUGAUGAAGGGUCCAAAGAGGAUGCAUGAAGAACUGAUCAAGAGUAGAAAGAGGCUAAUUGAUAAAGCGGUGCGAUCAGGUGGAGUUUUUACGUCAAGGCAGUUUGGUGAACCUCUUCAAAUCCUUUCAAAAAAAGUGGGGGAGACUUCAAAGCGUACAUGCCUGGAUAAAGAGGAUACAAGUCACGGCUGGGGUUGGAACACAUCUAAAUCAACUUUUGGCUUUGAAACAAUCCAAAGGGAGAACAAUGAAGCCGAAGACCAAAAUAAAUUCAGCAUUGGAUGUUCUAGCCAUGAAAUUUCUUCAAGAAAACUAGCUCGAAUUCGUUCUGGUCCACACCCGCUCUCAAAAGAGAUACUUGAAUCUAAUCCCAACCCAUCUUCAGACUCCCCAAUUCCACAACGCUCCACAAGAACCUUUGCUUCCGACUUAGUCCCAAAAGAUCAUUUGGAUCCCAAGCCACUUGCCUCAGCAAAUCAGAAACCACCAGCUUGGCAUUCGGUACCCUUCCCAACUCCACAAACCAAGACUUCUUUCCAACCACAACCACCACCAAAAGCAUCUUUUCCACAAAAACCAACCAAAGAUUCUUCAAACUCAACACAAAUUGCUGGAGGAUCUGGAGGCCAAGGAGGUGGAGGUGGAGGCAGAGGCAGAGAUGGAGACGAAGGCGGAGGCAGAGACAGAGGCACAGAGGGACGUGGAGGCAGAGGUGGAGGCGAAGGCGGAGGUGGAGGCGAAGGCGAAGGCGGAGGCGGAGGCGGAGGCAGAGGCGGAGGCGGAGGCGGAGGUGGAGGUGGAGGUGGAGGCGGAGGCGGAGGUGGAGGUGGAGGAGAUGAAGAUGAAUCUGAUUCUGAACCAGAGGACUACGCAGCAGAUUCACGAGCCCGAAGAACCACAGGAAUUAGGAAGAAGGAAUCUGCCUUUGCAAAAAGGACAACCAAGAAGGAAAGGAUGAAAGAACUUAAUGGUUCUCUGCCUGAGGGAUCGGACACCAUGAAGAAUAUUGUCCACAGGCACGCACGAUUACUCCUUGGCCUUAUUGGAACUGAUCUCAAGAGUCUUCCUUCUGCUCCAACUUUGGAGGAGCGAGACCUUGCAGUUCAGAGGGGGAAAAGUCAGGCCUACGAUCAACCACCUCCAACUGCUCCAUCCAGUCAAAGCACCCAAACCCAUGCAUAUAAGAGCUGGAUUCAAACACAGAUACGCACUCUUGGAUUAACUCACUUCACCUUUGAUUGGGAAAGCUCCUGGAAACACCCUUUCAACCAGCUCAUGGAUCUAUUAUUCUACCGGACUAUCAGCAUGGCCCUUCAUUCUGGAGAAUACAACGACACAAUUUGGAUACCGGCCCUCUCAACACACGCAAUCAUCCAUACAAUACUUGAGAGGUACUUCAUCUACCUACAGUCUCAGUGGAAAUUGCUCCAGAAGGGUGGUGAGAAUGCAUUGGAAGCACAGAAGUCACGAAACAGGGCUGUAAAAAACCGGACAAGGGAUUUGGUGAUUUAUGGGCAAAAAGCUUGCAGAGCGAAGGAGGGAGUGGUGCAAUGA